AUGGGCAGCUCAGCCUCGGCAGACUCAGAUCAUGGGUAUCGCAGCGGCUCCUACCCGUCAUCGCCCCCUUUGGGCUGGCUGCGGAACAGCCACAGCAGCCCGGUGUGGGGCGCCUCGUUCAUCUCCCGGCAGCAGCCCCGCCCGCACAGAGAGCGCAGCCAUGAUCACUCCUCGGGCUCCAUGGCAGCAGCAGCAGUGCGGGGCGGGGAGUGGUCUUGCGGCCGCUGCACCUUCCUGAACGGGGCCAGGGUCCCGCGCUGCUCCAUGUGCGAGGCUCCCCGGCAGAAGCCCGACCUCAACCACAUCCUGCGCCUGAGCGGCGUGGAGGAGCGGGGCUGGAGCUGCCCCCGCUGCACCCUCAGCAACCCUCAGAGCUCUGGCGCCUGCACGGCCUGCGGGUUCAGCCCGGCCCCCAACGGGCCGCUCCCGGCCCCGGCCCCGGCCCCGGCGGGCCCCUCCGCCCCGCUGGCCCCCGCCCCCACGACGCCCCCCGAGCCCUGCAGGCAGCAGCCCGCGGAGGAGCCCCGCAAGACGGACGGCGGCGGGGAGCCGGGCCCCUCCGAGCAGCGGCCCGGCUGGGCCUGCCCGCGCUGCACCCUCCACAACACGGCCACGGCCCUGUCCUGCUCCGCCUGCGGAGGGCCCCGCAAGCUCUCGCUGCCCAAAAUCCCGCCCGAGGCUCUGGUGGUGCCCGAGGUCCGCACGCCGACCACCGCCUUCCCCGUCCCGGCCCAAACCCCCGUCCCGCUCCUCGUGGAUCUGACCGAGGACCCGCCGCCCGCCCCGGCUCCUGACCCGCCCGAGCCCCCGCAAUGCACCCCUCUCCCCUCCCUGCAGAACAACCCCGUGCCCCGCAGCCGCCGCGAAGUCCCGCCCACGGCCCGGCCGUCCAACCCCGUCCCCGGCCCCGGCACGGCCCCGCCCCGGCCGCCCAAACCCCGCCACCCCCAGCCCCAGCCCCCAGAGCCCCCUCUCCCCAGCAAGCGCCUCAGCACGCUGCCGGAAGAGCCCUCGGCCGCGCCCUGCUGGAAGUGCCCCUCCUGCUCCCAGCCCAACCUGUCCGGCUCGCCCCACUGCCCCACCUGCCGGGUGGACGACCUCAUCGACCUGACGGGCGAGUCCGUGCGCUUCACCCCCGCCAGCCCCUCCAGCCCGGACUUCAGCACCUGGGCCUGCUCCAAGUGCACCCUGCGCAACCCCACCGGCGCGCCCAACUGCAGCGCCUGCGGCUGCUCCAAGCUCCACGGCUUCCAGGACCUCCCCUCCUGCUGCCCCCAGUGCGGGACCCUGGCCUCGGGGCCGGCCUGCUCCUGCCCCUGUCCCGGGGGCAAGGGCCCGGCGCGGAAGCAGCAGGCCUGGCCGUUCCCCUCGGAGAAGCCCGGGGGAGGCCGCUGGGCGUGCCCGGCCUGCACGCUGCUGAACGAGCUGAAGGCCACGCACUGCGCCGCCUGUCACACGCCCCAGCAGUACCUCGCCCAGCGCAAGGGCGCCAAGCCGCUGAAGAGGCGGGAGAGCAUGCACGUGGAGGCCCGCAGACGCAACGACGAGGGGGAGGCCACCGAGCUGUGGGAGAACAUCGUCAGCUUCUGCCGAGAGAACAGGGUGAACUUCGUGGACGACAGCUUCCCCCCCGGACCCCAGUCGGUGGGCUUCCCUGAGGGGGACAGCGUGCAGCAGCGGGUGAAGAAGUGGCUCCGCCCUCAGGAGAUCAACGGCAACAACAACCGCGCCAUCAAGUGGUCCGUCUUCCGCACACCCCGGCCUUCCGACAUCCUGCAGGGCCUGCUGGGUAACUGCUGGUUCCUGAGUGCGCUGGCGGUUCUGGCGGAGCGGCCGGAGCUGGUGGAGAGGGUGAUGGUCACGCGGGCGAUCUGCCAGGAGGGGGCGUACCAGGUGCGGCUCUGUAAGGACGGCACCUGGACCACAGUGCUGGUGGACGACAUGCUGCCCUGUGAUGAGCACGGCUACCUGCUCUUCUCCCAGGCCCAGAGGAAGCAGCUGUGGGUGGCGCUGAUCGAGAAGGCCCUGGCCAAGCUGCACGGCUCCUACUUCGCCCUGCAGGCGGGCCGAGCCAUCGAGGGCCUGGCCACGCUCACCGGCGCCCCCUGCCAGUCACUCAUGCUGCAGGUCAGCUCCACCAACCCGCGCGAGGAGCCCAUCGACACCGACCUCAUCUGGGCCAAGAUGCUCAGCUCAAAGGAGGCCGGGUUCUUAAUGGGAGCCUCGUGUGGCGGGGGCAAUAUGAAGGUGGAUGACACGGUGUACGAGUCGCUGGGACUCCGCCCCCGACACGCCUACUCCAUCCUGGAUGUGCGUGACGUGCAGGGCUACAGGCUGCUGAGGCUGCGGAACCCCUGGGGCCGGUUCUCCUGGAGCGGCAGCUGGUCGGACGAGUGGGCGGACUGGCCCCCUCACCUGCGCAGCGAGCUGAUGGCCCACGGCAGCGCUGAGGGCGUGUUCUGGAUCGAGUACGGAGACUUCAUCAGGUACUUUGACUCGGUGGACAUCUGUAAGAUCCACUCGGACUGGCAGGAGGUGCGUCUGCAGGGCAGCUUCCCCAGCCGGGCCAGCGGGCCCAUCACCGUGACGGCCCUGACGGUGCUGGAGAGGACCGCUCUGGAGUUCGCCCUCUUCCAGGAGGGCAGCCGGCGUUCGGACACAGUAGACAGCCACCUGCUGGACCUGUGCAUCAUGGUGUUCCGGGCGUCUUUCGGCAGCGGGAACAAGCUGGUUCUGGGCCGGCUGGUGUCCCACAGUAAGCGCGCGGUGAAGAAGUUUGUGGGCUGCGAUGUGAUGCUGGAGCCGGGGGAGUACGCUGUGGUCUGCUGCGCCUUCAACCACUGGCACAUGGAGCCCACAGCACUGCACACACCUGUCUCCAGCCCCACCGGCAGUGGCUGGCUCAGCCAGGACUUCCCAGGGUACAUCUUGGCCAUCUACAGCUCUCGGCAGGUGAUGGUGGAGCACGUGGAGGCCAUAGCGACCACCGUCGCCGACGCCAUUAUCCUACUGACGGAGAAUAAAGGGGAAAGACAUGAGGGCAGAGAGGGGAUGACGUGCUACUACCUGACCCACGGCUGGGCGGGGCUCAUCGUGGUGGUGGAGAACCGCCACCCCAAAUACUACCUGCACGUGUCGUGUGACUGCACCGACAGCUUCAACGUGGUGUCCACCCGCGGCAGCCUCAAGACCAUCGACAGCGUGCCACCCCUGCACAGGCAGGUCCUGGUAGUGCUGUCCCAGCUGGAAGGGAACGCCGGUUUCUCCAUCACCCACAGACUUGCCCACCGCAAGGCCACCCAGGCGUCUCUGGGGGACUGGACGCCCACCAAGGCCACCCACAGCCCCCACCUCACCCCCGACAUCGAGGGCCUGCACCGGCCGCGCCCGCUCUGACCCCGGCCCUCUCCCUGCUGGAGGAGGGGCCUGGCCUCUCACGCCGGCGCAGGGCUUCCCACCGC